AUGUCGUCUGUAAUCUUUCAACCAUUAUUACAUGAUCCGCUUGGAUGGAAAUCAUCAAAUACAACAUAUGCUGAUACGUUUAAAUGGCGAAAAUAUCGAUCAACUAGUAAAGAUAAAAAGAUUUCAACAUAUGGUCAACAAUACCAGAAGCAACUACGAAAACAACAACAAAAAUUACAACAACCAAAUGCGUAUUUGUCAUCAACAACAAAUGAAGAACAAAUAAUUCAACGGGUUAUUCCAACGAAAAAAGAUGAAGAAAAUCAACGAGUAACACCUGUGUCUUAUCGAUGUUCAUCAUCAAAAACAGCACCUGCUAUUAUUGAUGAAAAUUCGGUCUCUAUUAUUGAAUAUAAACAACGAUCUGCUUCAAAUAAUAGGGAAGCCACCUGUGGCUCAAGAGGUUCACAGCGUUCGCAAACAGCACCAGAUGCUGCCGAAGAAACAUGUCGUCCAGCAACAUCAUUGGAAGCUCGACGAUCUCCUAAGGAAGAAAAAGAAAAGAUUAUUAGUGAUCCAAAUAAUGAUAAUAGUCGACAUUGGCUUGCUUAUCCAAAUCCGAAAACACCUGAAUAUUUAAUUGAUAUUAAACAACGUUUGGGACAAUUAAAAAUUCCUUCAACACUUGUCCGACCAACAUCAGCAACAAAUUUAUCUAGUGAACGACAACAAAAAACAUGUCUACCGAUUCAACGAUCAGAAUCUUCUGUCUUACAACGUCAACAACGUCAAUCUGUUGAACAACAACAUUUUCUUGAUUUUAAUCUUCCAGAAACACCAAAUGAAUUACGUGCUGCACGUCAUCGUCUUGAAAAACAUCGAUAUAAUUCAUCAAUUGAUAAUUAUCCACCACGUCCACAAACAUGUCCAGCACAUACAAAUGUUAUUGCAAAACCAUUAACACCACCUAUUACAGUUCAAUCUAAAGAUGAACAAUUACCACCUAUUCAAACAACACAAAUAAAAGAUGAUGCAUGGAUUAAUGAUGAAGAAAAUAAACUAGAAGGAAAUGAAACAUCAUCAAUUAUGAUACAACCAAUUGAUGUAGAUGGUUUACCAAAUGAAUAUGUUGAAGCACUUGAAACAGCUUAUAUAGCACAAGAAGAAUAUUUAAAAAGUUUAAAAAUUAAUAGUGAAAAAACACCUGAUAAUUUUGUUUAUCGUCUUCCAUCAAUGUCAUUUGAUAAUAAAAAUGAAUCAUUUAUUGCUUAUCGUAAUCAACAACAAUCAACAACACCACCACCAAAUAAUAAUUUAAUGCGAGAAAAUGAUUUUGGUACUUGGGUUCGAAAUGCUACGGAUAAAGAACGUGAAUCAGCAAUGAAAAUUUUACAUGAAGUUUUAAAUCAACCAGUUAUGGGUUAUGAUAUUCCAACAAAACAACAAACUUUAUUUAGGCAAGCACCAGUGCCACCGCCUGCUCGUACAAGUUCAGCAACAAGAAAAUUAGGUCGUACUCGUACACAUCAACGUAUUCCAUGUGACAUAUGUGAAAAACAACUUAUUAAACGUCAUUUAUGGGAUUUAAGUCGAUCAGACACAUUGACUUGUCCUCAUCAAACUCAAACAACAAAAGCACCAAUAAUUCAAGUUCGAGCAUCAUAA